UAUUUUUGAUAUUGCAGUUUUAAGGAAAUCACACUUACAAAUGGCAAAUUUUGUGAAAAAAUUACAGAAAGUUUAUUUUAAUAUUAUAAUUUAAUAAUACAUUUUAAUAAUACUUUUGUGAACCUUUCUAAUCUGAACUUAAUUCAAAUCAUUGAAUUUAAGCCACUUAUAAAUGCUAUUGGUUUAUUUAAAGGUUUUUUUUAUGAUGGAGGAAAUGUAUGAGGAUUCUUAUCCAUAUGAUGAUGUGGAAGAUAAUUAUGAUCAAGUGUACUUGGAAGAAAUGGAUGCAAAUUACUUUCAAGAUAAUAUAGAAAUAACUUAUUCAAUACAGAAUAUUUGGGAAGAUUGCCUUCAUCCAACUUUGAACGAUGGAUUUAAUUCUUCCUUUCGUCUGCUUAUGUGUUGUCUUUUAUUAAAAUUUAUAAAAUCAUUAAAUUAUCUUCCUUCAAGUGUGAUACAUUUAACAUCGGCUGGAACUGGACUGUAUUGUCUUUAUUAUUUUUUUGAAGAAUUAAUUAUCUAUGUAAUUAUUUUAGCAAUAAUAGGGUAUUUAACACUAGCAAUUGUACAUAUAACAUUGAGGAGGUACUGUGGUUAUGUAUGUUUCGCAGUAUGUUUUACAUUUUUAAUUAUUUGUGAAUUAUUCAUUGUUAUUCCAACUCAGUGGCAUAGAAUAAGAGGGUCACAAAUGAUUUUAGCUAUGAAAAUCAUUUCUCUAGGUUUUGAUAUUGAUUGUUCACUAAAAUUUCCUUCAUUGAUUGAAUGUAUUGGUUAUUACUUCUGUGUUGGCUCCAUAAUAUUCGGUCCCUGGGUUAGUUUUGCAAAUUAUAUGAAAUUGUUACAAGAAAGAUCUGUGGUAAGUUUUAAUUAAAUUAUUUUUUUGUACAAAUAUUAUUUUGAUAAUUUUUUUAUUUUAUCUAUUUAAGUAGUAUGAAUAAAGAGUUCUUUAUUCUAACAUAAA